GGCUUGAAUUGAACCCCACCACAAUGGGUUAGUUCCAUAUUCUGAGCAUUACGUCUCACGAUCUUGUCCAAACCCAUAGCGCCAGCGGUGGUUCCAAGCGGGGGCAACAGGUUGUAGUGGGGCCCUGGAUGGCGCGCUCGACAGCGGCCAUCCUAGUUGUCUGAGUGCCUAAAACUUCCUCUUUAAGAUAUCUUACACCAUCUUGUGACUAGUAAAUUUAAAUCCUUACUCCCCGCAAAGCCUUUUACUAGUCUCUCCGGUUUGCAGGCUCGCUCAACAUUGGGGAAUGGGGCCCCAGGAUGCGACCCCACAGUGUUGAAAUUUGGCCCUUGGGAGGCGAAGCUCAUUGAGAUUACUGUGUAUAAGACCUUCCUUCAUCCACCGACUUAAGUCUUCAGAUUGAAUUGGAAUACAGGUAAUCAUUCAAUAUCUGAAGCUGCUUUUCUAUCUACUCGUUAAGCACAGCGAAGAUGACGAUUUUCACGGGUGCCCCUCUGUCGUGGGCUAUCACGGCGACUGCUGGAAGCGGCUUUCUCCUAUUUGGAUACGAUCAAGGUGUAAUGAGUGGACUUCUCACGGGCGAUGCUUUUAUCCGUCAAUUCCCAGAGAUUGACACAACGCUUACUGGUAAAGGCAGCUCGUCACUUCAGGGGACUGUUGUUGCCAUAUAUGAAAUUGGUUGUUUCUUCGGUUCAUUAUUCUGCUUCCUCUUUGGCGAAAGGCUAGGUCGAAGGAAGUGUAUAAUGAUUGGCUGCGUCGUGCUCUCAAUCGGUGCUGCUCUCCAAGCUUCUGCAAACACUAUUCCUCACCUGAUCGUAGGCCGGAUCGUAGCGGGGCUGGGGAAUGGGAUGAACACAAGCACUAUUCCAGUAUGGCAUGCCGAAUUAAUGAAGGCUCACAAGAGAGGGAAGGGUCUUGCCGUGGAACUCGCGAUCAACAUAUUUGGUGUAAUGAUGGCAUACUGGGUGGACUAUGGUUUCAGUUUUGUGAAUAGUGCCGCUCAAUUUCGAGUGCCAAUUGCUCUACAGAUUAUGUUUGCUGUUGUCACUCUCGCAGGGAUUCUUGUGCUCCCAGAGAGCCCGCGAUGGCUUCUUGCACAUGAUAAACACGAGGAAGCCAGACACAUCCUUUGGGCCCUUGAACUUAACGCAAAAUCAAUUGAGCCCUCGGACGCGGUAAUUCAUCAAGAAAUGGCCGAGAUCCAACACGCAAUCUACGAGGAGCGAGCUGCGGCCGAGGGGUCUGGCGGGAAAAGAGCUCUUCUGAAGAACGGUCCCCAGCGGUUCCUUUACCGUACUCUACUGGGUAUCGGUAGCCAGUUUAUGCAACAGCUGAGUGGCAUCAAUCUUAUCACAUAUUAUGCCCCUGUAAUCUUCGAGACGUCGGUCGGCUUAUCGCACAGUGUCUCUUUACUGCUUUCUGGCUUCAACGGAGUCGCCUAUUUCCUCUCGUCUUUGAUACCCAUCUGGUUGAUUGACCGGCUCGGCCGAAGAAAACUCAUGUUGUUUGCCGCAGCAGGGCAGGCGGUUUGCAUGGCAAUAUUAGCUGGCACGAUCUCUAAUGGAUCGACGAGCGCAGGCUAUGUCGCAACUGUAAUGCUCUUCCUCUUCAACUUCUUUUUCGCAGUGGGCCUUUUGGCCAUCCCAUGGCUUCUGCCUGCCGAGUAUGCACCUUUGGCGAUUCGAACUCCCGCAGCUUCUCUGGCUAGCGCAUCGAAUUGGAUUUUUACCUUCCUAGUAGUUGAGAUCACACCUGUCAGCAUUGAUAGUAUCAAAUGGAAGACGUACAUAUAUUUUGCUGUCUUCAACGCUUGCUUCCUUCCACUCAUCUACUUCUUUUAUCCUGAGACCAAAAACCUGACUCUGGAGCAAAUCGACGAGUUAUUCACCGGCGAAAAAGUCUUGUUGCAUUGGAAAGAAUCUAUGGCCGCUACCGACUUACCUCAGGACGAUCUUCGAGCGAAGUUUGGAGAGAAGACAAAUGUUGAACACAUUGAUAACAGCGUACUGCCCAAGACAUCUUUGUAGAUAUGACUAGCACAGCAUUUCGUCAGUUGGGAGCCUGUACGGAUUGAAAGAAUAUAAUUUCAGCUGAGAGCUGAACUUUUCAGUUGGCAAAGAGUUAUGUCUGUAUACUUUAACAACGCCGAGUGGAGUAACAUGUACCUAGUGUACAAGCUGAUGAUCACGUGUAAAUUUUGAAACUUGGGUCUUAGCGCCAAGAGUAGAUUACAUAAUCGUAUUAUAUCCUAAAUAAGAAGUUUGAGGCA